AUGAACAUCGAACCGCACCCGGAUCGCGACACCCACGCAGACGACGGGGCGUUCUAUAUCGGCGGGCAAUGGCAGACGCCGCAGGCAGGCGAGAUGCUCGCCAAUAUCGAUCCGGCAACGGAAAACGUCAUCAAUCACGUGGCCUGCGGUUCCGCCGCCGACGUCGACCGCGCGGUCGCGGCCGCCCGUCAGGCUUUUCCGGAUUGGGCGGCCACCGGGCGUGAACAACGUCUCGAUCUCCUCGACAGGGUGAUCGAGGGAUAUGCCGCUAGGGAAACCGAACUGGCCGCCGCCAUCUCGCUGGAACUCGGCGCUCCGAUCGAUCUUGCACGGAGCGCUCAGGUCGCGGGCGGGCUGUCUAAUUUACGCGCCUAUGCCGCGGCUCUUUCGAGUAUGGAACUCUGCACGCCGUCUGUCGCGGGCAGCAAGACCGACAUGCUUUUCAAGGAGCCGGUCGGCGUUUGUGCGCUCAUCACGCCUUGGAAUUGGCCAAUGAACCAGGUGACGCUCAAGGUCGGAGCGGCGCUGGCCGCCGGGGCGACGAUGAUUCUCAAACCCUCGGAGCAUCUGCCGGUGACCCAUCGCAUCUUUGCCGAAAUUCUCCACGACGCCGGCGUGCCGGCCGGUGUCUUCAACAUGGUGAAUGGAACGGGCGAGGGGGGCGGUGCGCCUCUCGUGGCCCAUGACGAGGUCGACCUGGUGUCGUUUACGGGGUCGACGCGCGCCGGCCUCGGAGUUGCGGCCACGGCGUCGCGUGCGCUGAAGCGAAUGACGCUGGAACUGGGCGGCAACAAUCCGGCAAUCGUAUUGAAGGAUGCGGAUCUUGAACCGGCCAUCCGCUUCAUCGUCGAGCAGGGCAUGCGCAAUUCGGGCCAGUCGUGCAACGCGCCCUCGCGGAUACUUGUCGAUGAAAGCCUCUACGAGCGUGCCGUCGAGAUCGCGGCACGUUUCGCCAAUGAAACCGUCGUCGGUUCGCCCCGGCAACCAGGAGGCCAUAUCGGCCCCGUCGCAUCGGCGCUGCAGUACAGCCGCGUGCAGGACUUCAUCACCCGAUCGGUCGCCGCCGGAGGGCGCGUCGUCGCGGGUGGACCGGGCCGACCCGAGGGUUUCGAAACCGGAUAUUUCGUCCGGCCGACGAUCUUCGCCGAUGCGGAUGACACGCUGGCCGCCUAUGCCGAAGAGGUUUUCGGUCCCGUGAUGUGCAUGCGCGCCUUCCGUGACGAGGACGAGGCGAUCGCGCUCGCCAACGAUACCGAAUACGGGCUGGCCGCCUAUGUGCAUGGCGGGUCCGCCGAGCGUAUUCGCCACGUCACCAACCGGCUGCAGUCCGGCAUGGUGCAUAUCAACGGCCAUCUGAGAGCCUCGGGCACGCCAUUCGGCGGCUAUAAGCUCUCCGGCGUGGGGCGCGAGGGCGGCAUCUGGGGUAUCGAGGAAUUUCUCGAGCUGAAGUCCGUAUCGGGCUGGCCGGCAAUGGUCGGUUGA